UUAUAAUUGUAACAAGUGUUGCUUAUCGUGUGACAUGUAGUAUGAAAGCAAGCAAUAUACAUUAUGGACGAUUCUCAGAGCUCUGAUUUACUCUCAAAUAGCAUGGACUUGUGUAACAGUCCUCAAAAUAUGGAGUCAGUGCCGUAUGAUACUCUUCUGAAAAAAACCAAGGAUUCACUUGAUGAGUAUAUUCGAAAUGGAAUUCCAAAAACGUCGUUGUCUUCGCAUUUCAGUUCUCUCUUGGAGGACUGCAAUACUUGCAUUUCUCAGAGUAUGGACAUCAUAACUGGCCUUCUAGUGGACACUGAAGUCCACUACCGAACUUUGGUAGACUACAUGGAUCAUGCAGUAUGCCUACUGCAAAUGUUGUCGAACUUUAUCAAGACAAUUAUGGAGUCUGUGUCCCUCUCUUGUCACACAAUGAGCACUUUUCCUGUGUUGACUGGAAAUAUAGUUAUGGUGGUUUUUAACCACUGUAAAGAUAGUGAGACACUUUACGGCAAACACUUGAAACAUGUUGAGAAACAAUUGAAAGACUUGUUCCGGACUUGCCAUGAACUGCAACUGACGUACUUGAUGGUGAUGGAGAAACACUUCAUCUUUGAUCUGACAGAAAAAGAAGAGCAGGAUAUACUUAUGAAAGCAUUGGACAUCAAUUUGGCAAUUGGAGAAAUAGUCCAAACCCUUGAUGUGAAGACAAUGGCAGAGCAAUGGAAGGCUUACACUGCCAUCUGUGAGAAAUAUUCCAAUUUCCUGAGCGACAAAAUUAUCUUUCAAAACUGUACGAAAAUCCUCUGUAACAUGACAAUAAAUAACAUCACUACUGCCUUACAGCCAAAUCUUGAAGAUAAAUUAGUCCUAAGGUCAUUAAAAAUAGCAAGUUUCACAAUUAAAAUCAUCCUGAAACUUUGUGGCAUAUUCAAAUUGGCUUCAGGAAGAAAUUACUCUAACAUACUGGAAUUAUUUGUUUUUAUUUACAAGUACAAUGGUCCUUACUUGGAACUGGUAAACCGGAAAUCACCUCAAUUCAUAAACCAAAUAACUAUUCUAAUACAUAAUCCAUGUGAUCUCUUGUUAGCACAGCUGGUUUGUGACGAAGUGUUCUCAGAAUGCUGUCUGCAUUUAAACACUGAAACACUGAGGAAGAAAGACGGAAUGAUUGGCUAUAUCAUUUUAUUAACUUCUGCAAUGGCAAGAGCCUUAGAUAAAAAUACUGCAGCAAACGAAUUCAAACGGGAUAUCAUUCGUUGCUUAUUUAAUAUACUACCGAAAUGUAAGUUUUGUCAAUGCUGUCUGCAUUUAAACACUGAAACACUGAGGAAGAAAGACGGAAUGAUUGGCUAUAUCAUUUUAUUAACUUCUGCAAUGGCAAGAGCCUUAGAUAAAAAUACUGCAGCAAACGAAUUCAAACGGGAUAUCAUUCGUUGCUUAUUUAAUAUACUACCGAAAUGUCAUAUCUGGUUCAACAAAGGUCUCAAAUUCACAAAUAACAAGCACGCCAGCCGGUCGUGCGGUCUUUACGAGCACAUACUCAUUCACACCAUCGCUUUAGCUUCGACAUUGAGUUGCGAGCAGUAUACGGCGCUGGAGCAACUGAUGUAUGAGGCACUGUUGGGUACUGAUUGUUGGAGCGGCUUGUUUGCUUCUGACUUGUGGGUUGCGUUGGCGAGGAACAAUCGAGAGUUAUUGCUAACGCAAAUGGUCUUCCUCUGCAAAACGUAUAAAACAUUAGAAAGUAAUCGCUUAUUUCACAAUUCUCCUCAAAAAGUCAAUUUGAGAUACACUAUAGCCAGGCUGUUUGAACUAAUGGAGACCAGAGACAAAAUAAAGCUGUACGAUAAUUAUAAUUCAGCUCUAUGGACACCUUUGCAAAUUAAAAACAUGCCUUCUGAAGUUCAGGAGAAAGCCGUUGAAGAUAUUAUUAAUGAGUUACUUACGAAAUUUGAGAACUUUCUUUCGGCAAAUAUACAGCGUGAAAAUGAGAUAAGGCAAAUGAGUAAACUAAUGAAAGCUGCAUCUACAUGCAGAUUCGUUGAUGGAGAUGAAACCUUCGAAGAUUAUGUAAUCAAAGUGUGGCUGAAAUCUUGCCCGAAGAACAGAAUAGUACUGAAUCAGAGUUAUUUGGAUACAAGUCAUAUGUGGUAUUUGGAGCAUUUGGAAGCACUGGUGGCUUUAACGAAAGCAAUGACACGACUGAAGAAAGAUGAUAGGGCCCUUGCUAAGAUUCUUCACGUCAUGGCAAAUAUAGCACAACUGGGCAAUACUGAACUAAAUCUAGUGAUACUCGACCUUCUAUGUCAACUAGCGUUAGAAACGUGCAACGAAGAUAAACAUGCCCUGGAAUCCCUAACAACUGAUGCCUUUAAAAGUAUUAUCCAAAAAAGCGACAACGUGAUACAUUAUUGUCUAUUAACACAUCUUCGAAUCUACACAGACCAUAAAAACUAUGAAUACGUGGUAGCACAAGUGUUUAGUUUAGACGAUUUUUUGCAAGAAAUCUACAGCUCGUUUCUUCAAGGCACUAAUGAUAACGAGCAGUGGAAUCAUUUGACAUCUGUAUACAGUUCUUACGCUCAUAAAUGUAUCGAAUCUCCUGUCGUAGAACUCGUAGAGUUGCUAAGUUCAGGAUCGUCAAGAGAAAAAAACAGUAGUAACUUUGAAUUUGCCGAUAUCGAUUCUUUGUUUGGAGGAGACAAUGACUCCGAACCAGCCAGCAAAAAAGCUAAAUACACAAACGAGGGCAGAUUGGGACAGAUAAUAGCCCGUCUAGAAGCAGACUCGUUACUGCUUUCCAGUGAAAAGGAGAAUGUUUUUAGUACUGAAGAGAUUUCUAGAAUAAGAAUUGUGAGUGAUAGAUUGAGAAAUAUAAUUGAUUGAGACUGUU